AUGACUUCACUCCAGCGUUUAUCGUUCGUUCCGUCCGUGAAUAAUAUGUCACAUCAAAGACUUCACGACAGUGACGAAAAUAAUUCUUCGGACGAUGACGAAAAUUCGCCUUUAACCCAAGACUUGUAUGGAGGAAGGUAAUUCAUAUACUUACGUAUAAUUUUUAAAGAAACUGGUCUAAUAUUAUUUUGAUUUUUGUAAUAUCUUAAGUAUUCUAUAAUUAUUACAAAAUACAAAUGUAUAUUAUAUCCAUAGUCAGAGGACUUUGGCAGACACCAAAGCAUGGGAUGUUUUCCGAGAUUUACCCCCGCGCAGCGACAGCGGAUCUAUGGCCAACCAAGCGUGUCUCGAAUUCACCGUGCGUGUGUUAAAAAUCCUAGCGUAUUUGACCACAUUUGUGAUUGUCUUAUGUUGUGGUGUUAUGGCCAAGUCUAGUAUAUUUUUUAUGACAUCGCAAAUUAGAGCCGACCGCGUUGUUACAUUCUGCAACAAAGAACUUAGUAAGUUUGCUUGUUUUACAAAAUAAUAGUAUGCGCACUGACGCAAGUUUAUAUUUAAAUAUACCUAUUAAUUUUAACCUUAUUUUAUCGCAUAGGCCGUGAUAAAUUUUACGUAGUUAACCUGCCGAUGGAAGAACGAGUAGCCUGGAUAUGGUGUCUUUUGUUGGCAUUUAUCGUCCCAGAAAUUGGAACUUUAAUCAGAUCAUUAAGAAUUUGUUUUUUUAAAUCGUGUAAACGACCUCCGUUAUUUGAUUUUGUCUUUGUUCUUGUCAUGGAAACUCUAUACGUCUUUGGCUUGGUUAUGCUGGUGUAUGUCGUUUUACCGAACCUAGACGUUAUCAAAGGUGCAAUGCUUACCAAUUGCCUUUGUUUCGUGCCAGCUUUACUCAGUAAGUUGACACGUAUGUUAUUGUUUAUAGAUCAAUCAGUAAAGAGUCGGUAUAUAAUUUUAAAUUUACAGAUUUAUUAUCGAGAACAACAAAAGGAUGCAAAACAAAUUCAGAAAAAUCUGAAGUAUACGCAAAAGUUUUAAUGGAUCUCAUUGCUGUGGGAUCACAAGCAACCGGUUUCUUUUUAUGGCCUCUUUUACAUCCGGAAAAACAAAUGAACAACCUAGUCAUCCCAAUUACAGUCUUUUGUAUUUCUUGUGGUUACUGGGAAAAUUAUACAACCAAAAAUACAUUAUUUGGUAAACUAUAGUAUUAAUUAAGAGUAUAACAUCAAUAAUAAUAAAUUAUUUUAGCUACUACAUUUGCAUUUGCUAAAAUUGUUGUUCUGAUUUAUUAGGAUUUAUGAAGUUUGCAUAUCAUAUUAAAGAUCGAAUGCGACGAACACGUUAUUUCAUCUAUAUGCUCAUGUCUGUUUGGAAAAUGUUAUGUUUCUUAUGUUUUAUGUUAGUGAUUAUGUUCAUUAAAGGGGAAAAUGUAACACAAAUUAUUUCACUGGUUAACGUUGGAUUUUCCCAACACAAAAUACAAGUUCUUGAGGUAAUUACAGUAGAAUCAAUUUUAUAUUUGGAGUAGAUCUCCUGUAUUCUUUAACAAUAUAUCGUUGUGCAAUUUUUCUUAGGUGAAUCAAGUAACACGAAGUGGUACUAUUUUACCGGAUCUUGCUGAUAUCGUUACAACAGGAGAUUCAGUUGACAUUGAUGCUAAAUAUAUUACUGCGGUACAUGUACUUCUAAUACAAGUCAUAUCUGCAUAUCUUUGUUAUAUAUUUGGUACAUUUUUAUAUUAAUUCAAAAACUAAUUGAUAUUUAUACAAAUUAAAUAUAAUUAAUAUCGACAUGUGUGUGUGUUAUGUGUUAUGUGACAUUUUUCGAGCAAAAAUCUCUCGUGAUUAAUUUUAAUUAUGGUUUUAUUUCAUCAAUAGGUAAAUUCGCUUGCAAAAUUAUGAUUCAAGGAUUCAGUUAUGCGUUCCCAGUAAAUCUCACAGUACCAGUCACUAUGUCUGUAUUGAUAGUUGCAUGUGGUUUACGUCACGACGAUCCUUGUUUUUUCCACAAUUCGAUUCCGGAUUACUUAUUUUUCGAUUCACCUGAUGUCAAUUUUUUAAACAAUUUUAUUACAAAAGAAGUAAUUUUGUUUUUUUAUUAUAAAUAUAAAAUGUACACUACACUACUUUUUGUUUAGCAUGUUUGGGUAUGGUUACUGUGGCUUUUAUCACAAACUUGGGUAACAUUACAUAUUUGGACACCAAAAUGUGAACGUCUAGCGACUACUGAAAAACUGUUUGCAAGACCAAUGUACGAUUCUUUACUAAUAGAUCAAUCGUUAGGGAUGAACAGAAGAUUUGACGACGAAAAAGACGUUAAAACAGAAGUAAAACAUUUUACAUUUUAUUCAUUUAUAGAUAUUUAUAUAGUUAUUUAAUCUAAUAUUUUUACGAGUCCAGGACUUGGCUGACCGAGAAAAAGAACCAGAUGAAUAUUAUGAAACAAUAUCAGUACACACGGAUGUCAGUAGUACAACACCUAAAACUGUAAAGAAAUCUGACAACAUAACUAGGAUUUACGCUUGUGCAACCAUGUGGCACGAAACUCAUGAAGAAAUGAUGGAGAUGUUAAAGUCGAUCCUCCGAAUGGAUGAAGAUCAGUGCGCCCGCCGAGUGGCCCAGAAAUAUUUACGAGUAGUCGAUCCAGAUUAUUAUGAAUUUGAAAGUGGGUUAAAUUUUAUCUAUAGGUACACGUAAACGAUUCAAUUAAUAUUCUAAAAUGCAAUUAUUUCUGUUUAGCGCACAUAUUCAUGGACGAUGGAUUCGAGAUCAGUGACGAGAACGACGAUUGGAAUCAAGUGAAUAGGUUCGUAAAACUUUUGGUGAGCACAAUCGACGAGGCGGCCACUCACGUGCACGAGACAAAUAUUCGUAUCAAACCUCCAACCAAAUAUCCCACACCGUAUGGUGGUCGAUUAGUGUGGACGUUACCUGGAAAAACUAAACUCACUGUACAUCUAAAAGACAAGUCCAAAAUCCGACACAGGAAACGGUGGAGUCAAGUUAUGUACAUGUAUUACUUGCUUGGUCAUCGAUUAAUGGAACUGCCGAUUUCAGUUGAACGAAAAGAAGUUAUUGCUGAAAAUACAUUUCUGUUGACACUCGACGGUGACAUUGAUUUCCAACCACACGCAGUUAGGCUUUUAAUCGAUUUGAUGAAAAAGAACAAAAAUUUGGGUGCUGCUUGUGGCCGAAUUCAUCCAAUCGGAGGAGGUAAUACACUCGAAGAUUAUUUGUAUACCAACCGCAAAAGCUAUAUUUUUAUUAAAUUUUGUUUAGGACCAUUGGCGUGGUAUCAAAUUUUCGAAUAUGCGAUCGGUCAUUGGCUUCAAAAAGCCACCGAACACAUGAUCGGUUGCGUUCUUUGUAGUCCUGGAUGUUUCUCGCUGUUCAGAGGCAAAGCGCUUAUGGACGAUAACGUCAUGAAAAGAUAUACGAUGAAAUCUGACGAAGCCAGGCAUUACGUACAAUACGAUCAAGGUAAUAUUAACUUGAUCUAAAAAUACUAAAAAAGAUUUAUAGAAGCAUUACAAUUUUUAUUUAUUUUUGAAAUAAGGUGAGGAUAGAUGGUUGUGCACGUUGUUAUUACAGAGAGGGUAUCGGGUGGAAUAUUCAGCUGCUAGUGAUGCGUAUACUCAUUGUCCUGAAAGCUUCAAUGAAUUUUACAAUCAACGUAGACGUUGGGUACCGUCAACAAUGGCAAACAUCAUGGAUUUGCUUAUGGAUUAUAAAAAAACGAUAAAAAUUAACGAUAACAUUUCAAUGCCCUACAUCAGCUAUCAUGUAAUUAAUAUUAACAUCUAAUUACUCUAAAGUAUUUUUUUUCUUAAUAUAUUUUUUUACUAUUUUCAGAUUAUGUUAAUGGGUGGUACCAUUUUAGGACCAGGUACUAUAUUUCUUAUGUUGGUAGGAGCCUUCGUGGCCGUAUUUCAUAUCGACAAUUGGACGAGUUUCUAUUAUAAUAUCAUACCCAUAGUAUUAUUUGUUUUUGUAUGCUUCACGUGUAAAUCAAAUAUACAGGUAAAUUAUAAAUAUUAUUACUGAGGUUAAGUAUAGGCCCAAAAAUUUAAAUUUCUGUGUCGGUGAACAAUAUUAAUAAAUUCGAAAUUUGUUUCGAGAAGGAUAUUUUAAUUAUUUGAUCUUUUGUCCAUAGUUAUUAUUGGCGCAAAUCCUAUCAGCUUUAUAUGCGCUUGUUAUGAUGGCUGUAAUUGUCGGUACAGCUCUACAGCUGGGCGAGGACGGUAUCGGUUCGCCGUCUGCAAUAUUUUUAAUAGCUAUGAUGAGUUCGUUCAUUAUAGCGGCACUUCUCCAUCCGCAAGAGUUUUCUUGUAUUAUCUACUUCGGUAUAUAUUGGCUAUCGAUUCCAUCUAUGUACUUGUUAUUAAUAUUGUAUUCGAUAAUAAACCUCAACAUCGUCACAUGGGGAACGAGAGAGGUUCAAGUAAAACGGACCAAAAAAGAAAUGGAAGCCGAGAAAAAAGCCGCCGAAGAGGCAGAAAAAAAAAACAAACAAAAGUCAAUGCUUGGGUUUUUGCAAAAUUGGGACCCGAAUGACGACAAUGAAGAAGGAUCUUUCGAACUGUCAUUUGCCGGACUAUUCAAAUGCAUGUUUUGCACUUAUCAAAAACCGGUAAACGAAGGCCAACAGCUGGUGAGAAUAGCGGAUUCGUUGGAAGGUCUCGGGAAACGAAUGGAUCACAUGGAAAAGUGAGUACUUUGUGGUACUUCGUUUGUAAAAUACGGAAUAAGUAUAUGUGAUGUAAUUGAUUUGUGACAUUUUCUAUAGAACUAUAAUGGACCCGACGGCCGUGAACCGUAAGAGAAACACUUCGACUGCAAGCGUACCACAUCAAAUCGCUCUGGACCCGGUCCAAGAGGAACCAUCUGUAAACGAAGACACCGAGGAGGAAACUGACGAGGAAUCUUUGGGUAUAAUACUUUUUAUUAUAUUAGAUCGAACUUAUUUUAUUGUGACUGGUGUUUAAUAUAAUCACGAAACGUAUUGUUCGAUUAGAACCCAGAAUAGAACGCAACGACGACAUAAAUCCGUUCUGGAUCGAAGACAAAUCGUUACGAAAAGGUCCGGUGGCGUUUUUAUCGGUGGCUGAACAACAGUUCUGGAGAGAUUUGAUAGACAAAUACUUGUACCCGAUCGACGAAGACAAAAACGAAAAGGCCCGAAUCGCAUCGGACUUGAUUGAACUGAGAAACAAGUCUGUGUUUUCGUUUUUCAUGAUCAACGCUCUGUUUGUACUCAUCGUGUUCCUGCUCCAGUUAAACAAAGACAAACUUCAUUUGGACUGGCCGAUCGGCGUCAAAACGAACAUUACUACGAUCGCAGCGACUUCUGAAGUACUUACUCAUCCACACUUCAAUACGAUACUUUUUCUUAACAAUUUAAGUACCAUAUACAAUUACAGUAAAAAACCAUAUAAAUUUUCCAGAUCAUUGUCAGCAAAGAGUACUUGCACUUGGAACCCAUCGGUUUAGUGUUUGUGUUCUUUUUCGCGUUUAUUAUUGUAAUACAGUUUACGGCUAUGUUGUUUCAUCGGUUCGGUACGCUGUCGCACAUACUCGCUUCGACCGACCUAAACUUGUGUUGUGUCAAUAAGGUAAGCCGAAAAGAAAAUAUCCAUCAGAUUUUUCGUAAAACAUUUUAGUUGUAUUAACGUUUGUCUCCCGGACUAUAAAUAGACUGAAGAUUUAACCCACGACGGUCUUCUGGACAAACAAGCAGUCGUCAUCGUGAAACACCUUCAACGUCUGAGGGGCAUCAACGGUGACUACGACAACGAGUCGGGUUCUAGUGGCGAUAACGUGGGCCGUCGACGAACCAUUUACAAUCUGGAAAAACAACGACAAAAGACCCGGACGAUCGGCACGCUGGACGUGGCUUUCCGCAAGAGAUUUUUGCAAAUGAAAAUGGGAGAGGACGAAGAUGAACCACAAGGUAUACUUACAUGCUAAAUAAAAAAAAACAUACCCUUUCUUAAUAGAUCCCCACAAAAAAAAACGUAAACUGUUAUAAUAGUAUACUUAUAGUACAAAUAAAAUGGGCAUGGGUAUCGGUUGUAUUUAUGUAAGCUGCUUUUUCAAAAGAACCGUCGGGUUAUCAGACAUUUUAUAUCCGUUUCCGUAGGUGGUACGCCUGUACUGGGCAGGAAGCUGACGAUGGGUAAAGAAGUGCGGCAAGCAUUGGAAGUGAGAAGAAGAUCGAUGCAGGCGGAAAGACGCAAGUCUCAGAUGCAAACUCUUGGCGCGCACAACGCGUUCGUGCAAACCCAAAGACAGUCGAACGCGGGUAUCAGCGUCAAAGACAUAUUUAAAGGCAGUCAAAAUCCCGGGUACGAACACCACGAAGACGACGAACUGCCAAUGAAAGCGAUCAACUAA